CCGGACAUUCGACGUGGGGCGUCCGUGAGUUCUGUCUGUCUUUUGGUUCGAUGGGGCCCACUUGCUGCAGCCCCGAGUAGUGUCAAAAUACCCGAAUUCUACGUAAACACGACGUAAUUUUACUGUGAACGUACCGAUAAUACAAUAGUGAUAUUACAGGAAGAAAACUGGGACCAGACGAAAGUUGUUUGUUGUUUUUUCGUUAUACUUUGUGAUUUAAAGGCAAGGGGUAAUCCAACAACAUGGAGGACGCCCAUACAAAAACUGUGGAUGAAGUUAUCAAAUAUUUUUCUGUGGAUCCCGAACGGGGUUUAUCCGUCGAUCAAGUAAAAAGAAAUCAAGAAAAAUAUGGGCCAAAUGAACUUCCCGCCGAAGAGGGAAAAUCAAUAUGGCAAUUAGUUUUAGAACAAUUCGAUGACCUUCUAGUCAAGAUUUUAUUAUUAGCUGCAAUUAUUUCAUUUGUACUCGCGUUAUUUGAAGAACACGAUGGAGCCUUUUCAGCAUUCGUGGAACCCUUUGUAAUUCUUUUAAUUCUUAUAGCAAAUGCCGUAGUCGGCGUAUGGCAAGAAAGGAAUGCAGAAUCUGCUAUCGAAGCGCUCAAAGAAUAUGAACCCGAAAUGGGUAAAGUUGUUAGACAAGAUAAGAGCGGCGUGCAAAAAAUCCGCGCGAAAGAAAUCGUUCCUGGAGAUAUCGUUGAGGUGUCAGUGGGAGACAAGAUCCCAGCUGACAUUAGGAUAACAAAAAUCUUCUCGACCACCCUCAGGAUUGACCAAUCUAUAUUGACUGGAGAAUCCGUUUCAGUUAUCAAACACACCGAUGCCAUUCCUGAUCCUAGAGCCGUCAACCAAGACAAAAAGAACAUCCUCUUCUCCGGUACUAACGUAGCAGCAGGAAAAGCUCGUGGAGUUGUCAUCGGAACCGGUCUUAACACUGCUAUCGGUAAAAUUCGAACUGAAAUGUCAGAAACGGAAGAAAUCAAGACCCCGCUGCAACAAAAAUUGGACGAAUUCGGCGAACAAUUGUCUAAGGUCAUCUCGGUCAUCUGCGUUGCUGUCUGGGCCAUCAACAUUGGUCACUUCAACGAUCCCGCUCAUGGAGGUUCCUGGAUCAAAGGAGCCAUCUACUAUUUCAAAAUCGCCGUGGCUCUUGCAGUCGCUGCCAUUCCUGAAGGUCUACCUGCCGUCAUUACCACCUGUCUGGCCUUAGGUACCAGAAGGAUGGCGAAAAAGAACGCCAUCGUUAGAUCGCUUCCCUCUGUUGAAACUUUAGGUUGUACUUCUGUAAUCUGUUCUGACAAGACCGGUACUUUGACAACCAACCAAAUGUCCGUAUCUCGCAUGUUCGUCUUCGACAAGGUUGAAGGUGGCGACAGCAGUUUCCACGAAUUCGAAAUUACGGGAUCAACGUACGAACCAAUCGGUGAAGUAUUCCUCAAAGGCCAAAAGGUCAAGUGUGCCGACUUCGAGAUAUUACACGAAUUGGCUACCGUCUGCAUCAUGUGCAACGACUCUGCCAUCGACUUCAACGAGUUCAAACAAUGUUUCGAAAAAGUUGGUGAAGCCACCGAAACCGCUUUGAUCGUAUUGGCUGAAAAAAUGAAUCCAUUCAACGUUUCAAAGUCCGGCGACCGACGGGCUGCUGCAAUCGUUGUCAGACAAGACAUUGAAACGAAAUGGAAGAAGGAGUUCACCCUCGAAUUUUCCCGGGAUCGUAAAUCCAUGUCCAGCUACUGCGUUCCUCUUAAACCAUCCCGUCUUGGAAAUGGACCAAAACUCUUCGUCAAAGGAGCUCCCGAAGGCGUUCUUGAUAGAUGUACCCAUGCUCGCGUCGGAUCACAGAAAGUACCUCUCACCUCCACGUUGAAGAACCGCAUUCUGGAGCUCACCAGACAAUACGGUACCGGACGCGAUACUCUACGUUGUUUGGCUUUGGCAACCGGCGAUAAUCCUCUGAAACCUGAAGAAAUGGACUUGGACGAUUCCAACAAAUUCCACUUGUACGAAAUCAAUCUCACUUUCGUUGGAGUCGUAGGAAUGUUGGACCCGCCUCGUAAAGAAGUCAUGGAUUCCAUCGCGAGAUGCCGUGCUGCUGGUAUUCGUGUAAUUGUCAUUACCGGCGAUAACAAAGCUACAGCCGAAGCCAUCUGCCGAAGAAUCGGUGUUUUCGGAGAAGACGAGGAUACUACUGGCAAGUCGUACUCUGGACGUGAAUUUGACGAUCUUCCAACUUCCGAACAAAAAGCUGCAUGCGCCAGAGCGAGGUUAUUCUCUCGAGUAGAGCCUGCUCACAAAUCGAAGAUAGUUGAAUAUCUUCAAAGCAUGAACGAAAUCUCUGCCAUGACUGGUGAUGGUGUAAAUGACGCUCCAGCUUUAAAGAAAGCCGAAAUUGGUAUCGCAAUGGGAUCAGGAACCGCUGUUGCUAAAUCAGCCGCCGAGAUGGUUUUGGCCGACGACAACUUCUCAUCUAUUGUAUCAGCAGUUGAAGAAGGACGCGCUAUUUACAACAACAUGAAACAGUUUAUUCGUUAUCUUAUCUCGUCGAAUAUUGGUGAAGUAGUUUCCAUCUUCCUUACGGCUGCUCUGGGUCUUCCAGAAGCCCUCAUUCCCGUACAAUUGUUGUGGGUCAACCUUGUAACUGACGGUCUGCCCGCUACUGCCCUCGGCUUCAAUCCACCCGAUUUGGAUAUCAUGAGCAAACCCCCACGUAAAGCUGACGAAUCUCUUAUUUCCGGAUGGUUGUUCUUCAGGUACCUGGCCAUCGGAGGUUAUGUAGGAGCCGCGACAGUUGGUGCAGCCGCUUGGUGGUUCAUGUACUCUCCAGAAGGUCCCCAUCUCACUUAUUACCAAUUGACACAUCACUUGCAGUGUUCCGUUAACUCGGAAGAUUUUAAGGGUGUAGAUUGUUCCGUGUUUAGCGAUCCCCAUCCCAUGACAAUGGCUCUAUCUGUACUUGUAACGAUUGAAAUGUUGAACGCGAUGAACAGUUUAUCUGAAAACCAGUCUCUGAUUGUGAUGCCUCCAUGGUGCAACUUGUGGCUCCUCGCUUCCAUGAUCCUCUCGUUCACGCUUCAUUUCGUCAUUUUGUAUGUAGAAGUACUUUCGGCUGUGUUCCAAGUGUGCCCAUUAACGGUUGCUGAAUGGAUGACGGUAAUGAAGUUUUCAAUUCCAGUCAUUCUUUUAGACGAAUCGUUGAAGUUCGUCGCAAGAAAGAUCACAGACGUUGGAGAAGAAGUAGUAGAUCGAUGGAUUUAAAUAAAAAAAACGCAAGGACGUGUUUCAUAUCUACUAUUGUUAUUUGUAAUUAAUUAAAUUAUUACUAUUCACGUUAAUUAAUUAACUCUUCUAGUCAUUGGGAUUUAUUCUGUAUUACUGCGCGCCUUUUUUAUUAAGACUUUCAAUCAUUUUUCAUACUGGCAGCGUGCGGAUUCAUCAGUCGGAUUGAUUUUCGGUUUUUCUAAUUCAUACAAUGCGAUUUGUUAUGAUUAUAAUAGCUGAAGAUGAAUUAUUAAUUGCUAAUAUUAAAAAGCCAUCGCCAUUUUUCAUCAUUGUUAUGUGUUAAUAAAAAAUGUGUUAACCAGAGCGUGACGUUUGAAACAUAAAAACAAUUGAAUUAAAGUACUUCUUGCUAUACUACCUAUUUACUAUUUGCUUACAAGCGUGUAAUUCGUGCAUGUUUUUCCUUAGUUACAUACAUAUGUAAUUUUGUCAAUUUAUCGCCUAAACAAAUAUUUUUGAACAGAAAUCAAAAAGAAAAUUGUGAUGACAAUAAUGAAAUAAUUUUGAUAGCGAUGAACAUGCAUGAAGAAGCAAGUUUUAUUACAGCUUUUCUUCUCUUAAAAUGGACUCCUAGCCAUAUUUAAUCUAGUUAGAAAUUGUGUUGUUUUGUCAAAUCCUUAGAUUUUUUCCCAGAGACCUGUGAUUGACAUGAGGCGCGUUAGUUUAUUUUAAUGAUCAUCUAACAAAUGAAAAUAUUGAUUUAAAAAAAACACGUAUGAUAUGUAUGUAUAUUGUACAUAACUGUAACUGUAUAGUUAAUUAUUAAUUUGUUAUUAUGAAGAUGACUUUUUAAGAACGAGGUCAGCUCUUAGUUCCCCGUAUUCCCCUGAAAUGUUAUAGUUAGGAAUAGGUUAAGUCAUCUCAUUUAUAUUAUUAUAAUCGACCACAUUUGAAGUGGUCCCAUUGCCAUUAUUUUGUAUAUUGUUUUUCCUUUUCGAAAACUCGAGCUGGUCUCGCCAAAGGCCACACGGCAGUUUCCUUUUUUUUUCUGAAAAACGUGUGCGCCUUUUGUGUACAGAAGAUGAAGAGACGACGAUGUGUAACAUCGCAAGUUUUGUAUAUCUUUAAUUUGUGUAAAUAAAGCGACGGCGUUACCGAAAAA